GUGUUUUUAUUCGGACAUUCUAAAGCAUGCGUUAGGAAUAACAGAUUGCAAAGUUCCGGCAUACUUUUGGGAUAACCUGUGGUUGCCUGGGAAGCCUUCAGUAUGGUGAUGGAGAACGAGGCAGACUCGCUGAUAGACAGAACCAUGAGUCAUGUUCACCCUCUCGCUUCUCCGUGCUCCUGCUUACCCUGCAGAAGCAGUAGCAGCAGCAGCAGCAGCAGGAGGGGCUUUAAGAUCUAGAGGUCACCAGCAAACGGCAGCAGCAGCAGCAACAUGGACGACAGCGAACUCAUAUUGUCCCUGGACGGUGACGAUGAGGGCCCCUCCGUGUCCUUCACCAAAGAUAGACAGCGUGGCUCCUGUGACGCUGGCCGCCGCCAACGUCCCUUCCACGUGCCCCUCUCCCCCUCCAGCCCCGGCUCCUUGGCCGACCUCUCCUCCUCCUCCUCCUCCCCCAACAACCCCUCCACCACCCCGGGAGACCUCUUCUCCAACCUGGUCAAGUCGUUCUCCUCCGAUAUCCCACCCCGUCGGGCCGAGUCCGAGCCCUCUGGCCUGUCCAAGUCGGACCCCAAGCUCUACCAUGUUCAGCCUCGGAAACAGCUGAUUCUCAGCCAGCCUAACCCCAGAGGUGGCGGAGGUAGUGGUGGUGCCCAGACACCAGACACCACACCAACGGCCUGCACCACCUCCACCUCCACCACCACCACGGCAUCGUCAACCUUUGCAGACUUCAUAUCGCACAUGGAUGGCUCCCGGUCUCCUGGCUGCCUGUCGCCCACGGAGACCAGCGGCAGGAGCAUCAUGGCGGAGCUGGAGGGCAAACGUCGCAAGUUCUCCGAGGCCAUGCAGGAGAACAUGAACAUGUUCAGUAAGAUGAUGGAGAAGGAGGGCAGCCCUAAGCACAAGGCUACCGCUGCUGCUGCUGCUGCUGGGGGUGGGGGUGGAGGAUGUUCUGACACGUCAUGUCAUCAGGGCGGCAAUGGUGGAAGCAUGGGGUCCAGCAGCAACACUGCUAGUGGUGCUGGUGCUGGUGUUGGAGGAACAGUCACUCCAACCGCAAGGGGCACACAAGAAGAUACGCAAGCCGCUGGGUCACAGAAGGAAGCGGGGCCAUGUGGUGGCAGUGGUAGUAGUAGUCCAUCGUCUGUAUUUGACAGUCCACGCAGGAAAGCCAGGCCUGCACCUUUGGAGACCAUACAGCAGUCGCCGGAGUCCCCAGAGGACCAAGAAGAGGACGACUUUCCCAGCAGAACCACCAACACCACAGCAGUGCCUGGCAAGGGCAGCCGCUAUGAGAUAUGCACCUUUGGAGAUGUCAUGCAGGUGGUGGAAGUCCAACGGAGCUCCAAAAGAGGUGGUGGUAACAGCACUGGUGGUGGUGGUGGUAUCAAGCAGCCCAGAUCACAGCCACAUCCCCAAGCCCUGUCUCCCGUAUCCCUGGCUGCCUCACGACGCCUGCCCAGGGAGCCCCUGCGAUGGCUCUGCCUCGUGGGGUUCCUCGCCUACACUUUCUUCGUGGUACCUCUGCCUUCCUACCUGACGGGACUGUCCCUGGGCAUCGCCUGUGGGUUCAUGAUGGGCCUGGUGGCUGUGAUGCUCUUGGCUCCCAAACGGCAGGUCAGGCGCCCACUGCUCCCUCAGCGACCCCCGCCCUCGCCAGAUGACAGCAUGCCAACAGACUCCGUCAGCAAGACACACACGGACCAUGGACUUCUACAGGGUUGGAUGAAUGCAAUGGACACCUACGAUCCAGAGACGUACCUGCCAUCUCUCACCCAUUCCGUGUACGCCACUCUAGAGGGCUCCUGCUUGCGCCUGUCCUACCCCUGCAACAACAUACCACGCCGGGCAACCUUCAAUGAACCCGACCACGAAGCAGUGUUCACACACACACGCAACUUCCAGCUAACCAACAGCAAGGUUUUACUGCUGCCCACUGCCUUGGCACGGAAGCGGAUAUGGAACAAAAAGUACCCCAUCUGCAUCAUGCUGGCCGAUGGAGCAGAGGGCAGGGACGAGGAGGCGGAGGUGGACAGAGACGUCUUUGACGACCCUCCGGAGGAGAGAGGGGACAAGCGGCGGCUACUCUCCGAGUCUGACAGCAGCCUCCCCGCCGUGCUGUACCUGUUUGGACGCACAGGAAGAGACAAGGAGGAGUGGUUCCAGCACUUCCUGUCUGCCUCCAAAGGAGACAUUCAGGGCAAACUCCGCCGGGAUGAAUCACAGACAGAGGUGUGCAGUGGCGGUGGCUCCAGCCAGGGCAGCACGGAGGAGCUGGCGUCCAUGCUGGGCCUGAAGGAGGUGACGGGGGCCAUGCGUGAGAAGGUGCUGCUGGACUACGACUCCUACAUGGCCCACUUCGUAUGUGGCAGCGGCAGCCCCACGCCCAGCCCCGAGCCCGAGCACAGCCACUCAGAGAGCCACUCUGGAAGCCCCAAGAUCAGGAAGAGGUGCUAUAGUGACCCUGCUGUGGGUUCCGGAGAAACGGAGCCAGCCUGGGUCAACGCCAUGCUGGGCAGGAUAUUCUGGGACUUCCUGAGGGAGCGCUACUGGGCCGACCUGGUGGCCCACAAGAUCCAGAAGAAGCUGACCAAGAUCAGGUUGCCAUACUUCAUGAAUGAGCUGACAUUGGCUGAGCUGGACAUGGGCACCUGUUUGCCUCAGGUGUUGAGCACCUCCAAACCAUCCGUGGACCACCGAGGUCUGUGGCUUGAGCUGGAGAUAGUCUACUCUGGCUCCCUGCAGCUGACCUUGGAGACCAAGAUGGAUCUGUGCAAGCUGGGCAGGGAGAGCGUCAGCGAGGUAGACUGCAUCCCGGAAACUAGCCAGCUCAGCUCUAGGCCCCGUCUGACUGUGCUGGCCGACAGCGAUGAGGAGUCGUCUAGUGCGGGCUCUUCAGACGAGGAGGAGCUGAUGCCAGCCGAGCCCCAGGGAACCCUCCAGGCGGACAAGAGCAGCGCCUCCCCAGGAGCAGAGGGCCACGCUGGAGGAAGUACGGGUAGGAAGAUCUUGCGCUUCGUGGACAAGAUAGCCAAAUCCAAGUACUUCCAGAGGGCCACUGAGAACGACUACAUCAAGAAGAAGAUCGCUGAGGUCUCCAACACUCCACUGCUCCUCACCGUGGAAGUGCUGGAGCUGUCAGGCACGCUGGCAGUCAACAUCCCACCUCCCCCUACUGACCGAAUAUGGUAUAGUUUCCGGCAGCCCCCCCGACUAGAUCUGCGUGUGACGCCGAUGCUGGGGGAGAGAGAGGUCACCUUCACACACGUCACUGAGUGGAUUGAGAGGAAGAUACAGUGUGAAUUUCAGAAAGUCUUUGUGAUGCCCAACAUGGACGACCUCUACCUGCCCCUCAUGACCGCCUCAGUCGACUACCCUCCGGCCUCGCACGACUCACCCACGUCCUGCUGGUCCAAGAAGUCAUCAGUGGACCUACAGGGCAGCAGAGAGGACAUCUUUGGCUCUGAGUGAGAUGGAGCAUACACUGCAUACAGAUCAGAGGGAAAAGACAAGUAGACAGUGCUCUGUGCUGAGGUGCUUCACGCAUAUAUGCAGGAGGACUGAUCUGAGACCUGCCUGUGGACCAAAGGCGUUUGUACUUGACAAGCAUGUCUGAUGGACAUCCAGCAGUGUCCCACGGUCACCUCACUGUGAACAGAUGACUAAAGGUGAUGGAAGCUCGAAGGGUUCAAACUUAUGAACCUGAUUUAGAGUACAGGUCAAUACUAAUCGAAUGGAUUUUACCUGUGUGGUUUUUAAAUACCUGCAGCAUGACUCACUAACAUCCAACAGUGACCCACUGACACUUUGAUUGACAGAUUGCUUCCUUCUCUUGGUGACUAGGCGAUGAAAGCUCAUAGUGAACCUCAAAAGAGAGGCCAAUAGUAGUCAAAUGAAACUUGAAUGAAUUUUACUUGAUUGAUGUUUGACCUUCAAACCACACUCGUCUGACCCUUAUUAUUGGUUGGGUCCAGGGUCCAGGGCUGCUGACAGCUUUUGCUGGGCCCAGGACAAAGUCACCUGAAAGGGCCCCCCUACCCAACACAUACAAUGUAAUAGGGAUCCAAUUCUGGGGGCCCUAUCUCCUUAGACAUACCCCUUUGUCCCCCCCCCCUGUCGGCAUUCCUGCCAGGGUCCAAAUUCAAGAAAUAGAUGUCGGGAAUCAGGACAAGACCCACACACACCAUGCGGCUGAAAAAGAGCUGCAUGGAACUCAAAUAAAACUUUUUUCAAUCAGAAACGGAGCUAUAUGUUUUGCUAGAUGUUUUCGCUCAUGUACUUUAAAAGACAGCCUAGCAUGACCCCUUUUUAACACGGGAUCUCCUUUUGUGUCUUUGAAUUCGCUAAGCUAAGGUUGCAACCUGGGUCCAAUAGGGCAGAGAAUGAUGACCAAUUUUAUUUCUGGGUUUACUAAGAAUCAAAAACGGAAAGCUUGCCAUGUUCUCUGCAUGUACAGCAUUGCCUGACUAGUCUGUUUAAUGUCACAGACCAAAUGUUAAAAACUGUGUAUAAAUGUACAUUCUGGGACGUAACUUGAAAAUGACCAUGUUCAAUAAAUUAUUUUCCUUUUGA